AUGUCACAUUGUUACAAUGAAGUCAUAGAUGACAGCGACGGUUGUGGGGCUAAAUUUUCUGUUCUAGUUGUCUCUGAUAAGUUUCUGGGAAAGCCGCUUCUCGCAAGACAUAAGCUAGUAAACUCAGUAUUGCAAGAAGAGCUGAAGACGAUACACGCGUUCAGUCAGAAAACGUUGACUGUCGAACAGUGGAAAAAGUGA